CGGUCGGCAGCGAGUUGGGAUGGACCGUGGAGGGACCGGGGCGUUCCCGAUGGCCCGGUGCAUGAGCGCUUGUUCUGCAAUGUCUCCUUCGGCCGCCCAGCGACGUCGAGCACCGAGCAUCAUCUCCAGCCUCCCGCUCCCACUCUAACGGCCUCCGCAUCCCAGGCGACUGAACAGCAACCCCUGCCUCGUGCUCCUGCACGAAACUGGACUCAUCUGGGCCCGGUGACUGCGUCCUAUGAGUGAGAAAAGAUCGUCGGAGUACCUGUUCGACUCGGCUGCACUCAAUGAGUCUCUCCGACGAAACAAGGCGGUCGUCUGUGCCGUUUCUGCCAGCUACAUCUCAACCUUUGCGGGCUACCCUCUUGAUUCGAUCAAGUCCCGCCUGCAGACCCUCCGCACACCUAUCACGGUGCCGAAGCUCGCGCUCCAGGUGUACCGGGACGAGGGUGUCAUCGGAUUCUACCGUGGGCUAUGGAUUCCACUCAUCACAAUCUCGUUCGUCCGUGCGGCGAGCUUCACAAUAUACACGAGCACGAAGGAGUACUUCCACGACCACCACUGGCUAGCGCAGAAUACGAUGUUGAGCGUGGCGUCCACGGGAGGUAUUGGGGGCGCGUUGAGCGGGUCCCUUAUCUCGUUCGGGAGUGCGCCCUUUGAGCUCGUCAAGGUUCGCCGGCAACUGGAGUACUCCAUCGCGGCCAGCAAAGGCGUACGGAUAGUCAAAGCACCCGGGACACUCGAUGCCGUCCGGGACAUAUUCCAGCUGCACGGUCUGCGGGGACUGUAUCUUGGCUUCCGACUGCAUUUCGUGCGUGACACACUGGGGACCGGGCUAUACUUCUUCGAAUACGACGGCAUGCGCCAUUUGAUGGGCCGUUUCGCGUCGGGAGAACAGGGUCCAACGCCGUCCUGGAUGCCUAUCCCUCCGUCGGUGGUACCGUUCAUGUGUGGUUCCCUAGCGGGAGUCACUUCUUGGGCUCUCAUCUAUCCUCUUGACGUUGUGAAGACUAAGGUGCAGCAGCGCGCCUUGGCCGGGGAGCAGAGACGAACUUUGUGGGUAACUCUGCAUCGGCUCAUACGAGGGCCCGACCCAAACGCAUCAAAACCAAUAUUGCUCGGCCUCGCGCGGCUGUAUCGUGGGCUGGGGGUGAGCGCGCUGAGGAGCAUCACGACUCAUGGACUGCUGUGGACCUUAUUCGACCUUACCGCGUCGUACAUUGACAACUUGCCGCAUGCGCCGGAUGACAAUACAUAGAGCGUGUCUGAUAAUUGUGGGUUUCGCCGAUGGAUAACGCCUUUCACAGACUUGAGGACGGUGACGGUUGUUGGUCGGACGUGUGG